GUUUUCGACUGUAACAAAGUUGUAAACGUCGAAAACGUCAUAAAGCUGUAUAAAAAGUAUGAAAUGUAUUUAACGUCAUAAACCUGAAAAAUGCUGUGUUAUAAUCAUUAUUAUGGUCAAUUUCUCAAGCUCUUGUUACUAAAACGAUUCAGAAUCAUAAAAUAUACAAAAUACAUAGCACGCCAUCUAUAAAAUGUCGCGUAUACUGCUUGAUGUGUUUUUCAUUGCAUUUGUGCAUGUUGACAAAUUGAACUGACAUAUGUCAACCAAAAAACGCCAAAAACAAAUUAGUUUGAGCGGGAGAUAAAACUACUUUUCAACAAUUACAAAAAUUUUAUAUAUUUAAAAAUGUUAAAAAGUCCGAGUGAUGAACAACAACCAGAGGGGUUUGGACAAAGUUCUGGAGCAACCGGUGGUAGGCCCCUUCAUCCAUAUUGGUACGGAUAUACAAAAAUAAGUGAACGAGGAAAAGCUAUUGCCCAGUGCAAUAGGUGCAAGCAAUUAAUCCGCAACACGGCUAUUAACAGAAUGCAGUCACAUCGGAAAAAAUGCAAUGUUGAACAGAUUGACGAGGACAACGGAAGUGAUUUACUUGAAGCGGGUAUAUCCCAAAAAAAUUUGUCAUGUACACAGACAUCAAAUACUCAAACUACUAUUAAGGAUUUUUUUCGUAAAAUCAACAAGAAAGACAAAGCUCAACUCGACAUUCGUACUGCCAGAUUUUUUUUCGCUUGUAACAUUCCUUUUGUUGCAGCAGGUAAUCAAUUCUUCAAAGAUUUUUGCAAAGGAAUGCAACCAUCGUACAAACCACCAAGCAGAAAAAGGAUAGCUGGACCACUAUUGGAUGCAGUGCAUAAGGAGCAAAUCGAUUUGAAUGCGAAAUUUUUAAAAGAAGGUACAUAUUCCGUACUUCUUAUUGACGGAUGGAAAAAUUCAGCAUCAAACACAAAAAAUGUCGCAGCAUUACUGCACAACUGUGAUCACAGAAUUUUUUUGGAAUCUUACGACUUUUCAUACAUGAGAGAAACUUCAGAAAAUCUCACUGAAAUGGUGAAGAAAGCUGCCAGUUUAGCCAAAGAUCGAUACAAAGUUGAAGUUUUCGCUGUAGUCACAGAUAAUGCUGCCAAUAUGGUAUCAAUGGGCCGGAAUGUUGGGCUGAUUCAUACAACGUGUAAUGCCCACAUCGGCAAUUUGCUAUCCAAAGAUAUCAUCAAGAAUUUUGGUAUUCGUUUCGAGUUAAAUUAUCUUUGUGCGACUGGGAAUAGCCAGAGGCGAUCUACGCGGCUACAGUCUCAACAAAACGAUGAUGUAUUCGGUAUGUUGGAGGACGAAGUUACUGAAAACUCUUCAAUACUUGGAAAAGUACAUAAAAUUCUUAAUGAAUUUAAAAAAGUACAUAUUGAAAGAAAGUUGUCAAUGCUUGGAGGAACCAAAGCGAAGUUACCAUGUGCAACAAGAUGGUGCAGUGAGCGUGAUGGACUUUUUUGGUUGAUAAACAACAUUUCCAAAAUGAAGCAAAUAUCUGCAGAAACUAACACUGAUGGAAAACCCUUGGUCAAAUCCUAUAUAAGUGAGCUGCUCUAUAAGGAGGACUUUAUUCAAUCCGUUAAGGAACUAUUUGAUCUUUUGAAUCCUGUAGCUUUACUUAUAAAAAACUGUCAAAAGUCUGAGUAUUCUAUAGCUGAUGCAACAGAAGAAUGGAUAAAAUUGCUUACUACGGCAAAACCAGAAUUAUAUGAAGUGGCGGCAGAAAGAUGUAGAAUCAGUAAAGUCUUUAAUAAAUAUAACCUGGCAGCAAAUGUUUUGCAUCCGCUAUAUAAGGGUGGAAGGCUGAACCCAGAGCAAAUGCAAAAAGUUGAAGACUUUUUACUGGAAAAUCUUGAUGAACAUGGAUUACAAUCAUUUUCAGAAUACAAAAAUGCGGCAGGAUUUUUUGCCUUACUUUUGGAAAAAACAUCCAAACCUGGGCUAUUCUGGGAAUUGGCUGCAAAUAGACACAAAUCAUUAGCGACAUUUGCACAAAAAUUGCUCAUGAUACCAGCUUCAACAGCUCAGCUGGAGGGUAUUUUUUCAAAUUGGACACAUGUUCAUACCGAUUUGAGGAACAGAUUAGACUCAGAACGUUCUAAGAAAUUGUUAGAAGUUUAUUUUUCUUUAAGAAUAAAUGAAACAAAAGACGUCUCGCAGUAUAUAGAGGAUACUGAUUCCAGCGAAAACGAAAAUUAAACGAAACAAAUUACAAAAUAAUUUGUAAUAACAGUAUGUACCUGCUUAGAGGCCUUUGAUUUUAAAUGUAAUUUAAAUGAAUUAUUUAAGUUUGUUAUGUUUUUAUAUUAUCUGUUUAAUAAAACAAAUAUUUUAAAGAAAAACUGAAUUGGAUUUUAAGAGACAAAUGUGUUUUUUAUUUCGUUCCUAUUUUUGUCAAAAACCUUGUUUUAUCGGGUAGGUUUACGACUUUUCCGACGUAUGUAAUAUACGUCGGAAAUGUAUGUCAGAUACGUCAUAAUUUCCG